AUGACCGAUCCAGUCGACUCGGCAGUCCAAUACAAGCGAUCCCAUCCCAAAGAGAGCUUCGCCAAGGUGGCCAAUCGAUUCAACGUCGCCCCCACCACUCUCAACAACCGAUACCACAAAAAACACGCCUCGCACGCCACCAACAACCCCCGCAAGCUCUCUGUCAUACAAGAGAAGGUGUUGGUCGACAGGAUCAACACGUACGCCGAGCGGGGUACGGUCCUGACCCAGGCGAGGAUAAGGGAACUGGGGCAAGCGCUGCAUGGGCGUGCGCUGGGCGAGAGGUGGGGGUCGACUUUUGUGGAGCGGCAUCGCGAAGAGUUGGAUUCGGGAUUUUAUGGGUGCGUUGAAGAUGGCCGUCAAGGUGCGGAGACGAGCGAGGAUGAGACGUACGACAGCGUUGAUCUUUCCAACCCUCCCUCCCAGGCUUCUCAACCUCCACCACCCGCCCCUUCCCCUGGAACCCCUCUCGGUCCCCGCCGACGGGGCAGGGGAGCACUUCGAAAUUGGAAGCUGGACCAGAUUGUGGCUCUUGCGCAAUCCGAGGCGGAGGCAGAGAUGGUAAAGGCAGAGACCGUAAGGGUGGAAAAGGAGUUGGAGGACGUUAGAGCGGCGAGAGCGGCGAUGGCGCUGGACUGGGAUACCGGGGAAGAUCAGGAGGCGGUUCAGGAUCUGCCUUGGGGGCUGUAUGAUGUCAAGUAUAGGGAUGACAACCGGGAAGCGCUGAGGAAGAGGAAGGAGAGAUAA